CUGCCGAAGGGUUUUGGCCUGACAUGUCUACUGUACUCGUUUCCUAGAUGCUAUCUGGCCUGCCGAAUUCCUCCAGCAUUUUGUGUGUGUUGCUUAAACCUUUUCCUUUGAUCUAAUAGUGGUUUUAACUUCUCUUGGUUGUCAUCACUGGACUACAUUUCCUGUUGGAAUAUUUUUUUGCCUUUGAGGGAUAUAAAUUACUUGUGAGCAAUGUAUUUUUAAAAUGUUACCCAUUGUUUCUUCACUGUCAUAUCUUAUACUGUAUUUUUUCAAUCUACUAUAGCCAUCUUGAGCUUCUUGUACCUUUGUAGUUUGCUUUUAGAUUUCAGACCCUAGCAUCGGAUUGAACUAAGUUGGUUUAAAAUGUUAUAUAAAACCUGACAUACUAUAACAUUUCCCUAAAGACCCCUUUAGAUUUAUUUAUCUAUUUAUCAAGCCCACAUCACCCUAUUACACCCAUGUUAAUCUGUAUGUCUUUGGAACAUGGGUGGAAACCAGGGCACCCACAGGAAACCCACGCGAUCACGGGGAGAAUGUACAAAUUCCUUACAGACAGUGGUAGGAAUUGAACCCAGCUGCUGACGCUGUAAUAGCACGACUCUGCCAAGCUGCCCCAUUAAUUUGAUUAAUUUUAAACCUCUCAACAGUACCCAUUUCAGAGUGGUUAGAAAAGUACAGUUAAUCAGAUGCCCUCAAGUCUGUUUUAGUAACAAUUCUCAGCUUGCACAAGAGAGAGAUGGUGGAGGAGGAUAGAAGAGAGUUUGCUUGAUGCACAGUGGCUAAAUGCAUUGUCUGGUGGAAUGCAGAAUGAUCCUAGACUUGAAUCUUCGACUCUGCAGUGAUUAGAUAUUGGAUAAUUGGAGUGUUACAGUUGGCUCAGUGCAGAGAAGUUGGGGGUUGUGGUAUUUUGUACAAAAUUAAUUCUGUCACUGUACUAACCAAAGGUACAGCUGGCCAUGUGUGGGUAGAAGGUGGGGAGGAAAGAAUUGAAUCCAGCCUCCUCUUGGAGCUGAGGUUGGGCAUGGCAGAAGGCAGCGUGCCUCACUCAGAGGGUGGUGUGAGUGUGGAAUGAGCUGCCGGUGGAAGUGGUGGAUACGGGCUUGAUUGAAACAUUUAAGAAAAGUUUUGAAAGGUACGUGAAUGGGAAGGGAAUGGAGGGAUAUGGUGCAGGUGUGGGUUGAUGGGACUAGGUAGAAUAACAGUUUGGCACAUACUAGGUAGCUGAAGGGCCUGUUUUUGUGCUGUAAUGUUCUGUGACUAUAUAGUAGUGAUUAUUUUUCUUUUGGGAUAUUAAGUCUUGUCUUUACUCUGCAGGCUGAUUGUAGCUAAGAAGGCCUCAAGACCUUCCUUCUGCUGUCAGAACACAGUGAAGAUUUCUGGAGAGCAGCGUGUGUUGAGUCCAAGAAUUCAUUUCACCAUUAGUACAUUGCUAUGUAUUGCUCUCUUUUGUAUCUGCAAGAGUGUGAGAACAGGGACAUUUUUUUUGCAUAAUUGCAUGCUUUUCCCUCCUGGUUUUUCCCCCGUACUACUGCACAGUGUUGCUCUAUACAGUGAUUUUUUUUCUCUCUGCACUCCUUCCCCCAGCCUUUGCAAAAAUAUCACCCUCUUUUCUUCCCCACCCACCCUGGGUGUUAAAUUGUUCCAGGUUUCGUCUGCCCUCUGCUGUUUUAACUAGUGCACUGUGUGGAGUUGAGCACAAUGAACAGUGAACUAUUAGCAACGUGCAGUGCCUUAGGAUAUUUGGAAGGAGACAGUUAUCACAAAGAGCCUGAUUGUUUAGAAAGCAUCAAGGACCUUAUCAGGUAUCUAAGAUAUGAGGAUGAGUCAAGAGACAUUCGACAGCAACUAGGAGCUGCACAGAUUCUGCAGAAUGAUUUACUGCCGAUUAUCACACAGUACCCUCAGGAGAAAAUGCUUUAUGAAGCAGUUAUUAGAUUGCUGGUAAACCUAACACAGCCAGCACUUUUGUGUUUUGGGAAAGUUCCUACCAACCCCACCUUCAGGCAUCAUUUUCUGCAAGUGAUUUCAUAUCUGCAGGCAUACAAAGAGGCUUUUGCAAAUGAAAAGGUGUUUGGAAUUCUCAGUGAAAAACUCUAUGAUCUCUUGCAACUAGACUGGGAACAGAGGCAGGAGGAGGAUAAUCUACUGAUUGAAAGAAUCUUGUUAUUAGUUCGAAAUGUUCUACAUGUGCCCCCUGAGCCCGAGGAGGAGAAGAAUGUUGAUGAUGAUGCCAGCGUGCACGAUAAGGUGUUAUGGGCCAUUCACAUGAGUGGGAUGGAUGAUCUAAUCAAGUUCUUGGCUGCUUCCCAGGAUGAGCAACAGUGGGCCAUGCACAUACUAGAGAUAAUCUCCCUCAUGUUCAGAAAUCAGAACCCUGAACAACUUGCCACCACAGGGCAAGUAAAGACUGAACAGCAGAAAGAGAACGAGUCCAGAGAGCUUGAAAUCUUAAAGCAGAGAGAGCUGGCUGCAAAGAAGAAGAGAACUUUCGAAAGGGGGACCAGGCAUUCCCGUUUUGGGGGAACAUACCUCAUACAAGGCUUGAAAUCAAUUGCAAAUAGGGAUGUUGUUUGUCACAUGGGAGUUCACAAGGUUAAAAACUACAGUCACGAUUGUGGCAAGAAGACCAGCAAAGUUCCAAAGAGGAAACAGGCUGCAGUAGAGGUGGAGAGCAAGCGGCGUUCUGCUCUGAAUGUGAGGUUGUUCCUGAAGGAAUUUUGUGUUGAUUUCUUGGAGAACUGUUAUAACAGAUUGAUGUACAUAGUAAAGGACAAUCUCAUACGUGAAAAAGCACAGCAGCAUGAUGAGACCUACUACCUCUGGGCCAUGCCCUUCUUCAUGAGGUUCAACAGGGUGUAUAGAUUCCGCCCUGAACUAGUAUCCGAGACUGUCACCAUUCGAGCGUUUCACUUUGUGGAGCGUAAUAUCACCAACUACUAUGAGAUGAUGCUAACUGACAAGGCAGCGGCUAGUUCUUGGUCAAGACGAAUGCAUCUAGCUCUGAAAGCUUACCAAGAGCUGCUCAGCACCAUUAAUGAAAUGGACCACUCCAAGGAUGGAAAUCUGCGAGAGAGUGCCAGAGUUAUCAAAUGUAACAUCUUCUAUGUUAUGGAGUUCCGAGAAUUGUUCUUAACAUUAUUCCGGAAGUUUGAUGCAACCAAGCAACCCAAGUCAUUUUUGAAAGAUCUAGUUGAAACCACCCAUCUUUUCAUCCGGAUGAUUGAGAAAUUAUGUAAAGGCAAAAACAAUCUUAUUGUGCAGAGAAAGAAUGUGAAAAAGAAGAAGCUGAAAUCAAAUCAGAAUGCACCUGCUUCAUUGGAAAAGUCCCAAGAAGAACUUGAGGAGAUCUGGAAAACAACAUUGGAGCAGCUUGGCAAAUGUGCAGAGGGACAAGAGGCUCUGCCAGAGGAUCUGGUCCCAUUUGAUGCUGCCUCAGAAGUCCCUGUGGAGGAGCAGAGGGCUGAAGCUAUGAUUCGCAUACAGGAUGCAAUGCUGGCCAGCAAAGCCACAGAGGCUCUAGUGCUUCUCCGAGCAGCACGGGAAGUGUGGCCUGAAGGUGAUGUUUUUGGCUCUGCUGACUUGCUGCUUGAUGAAGAGUUUGAACUGCUUAGACAAAUACUGUUUGCAAAUUUGCCAAGGCUACCACCUGCUGAAGUUGAAGACAGUGAAGAAUUUCGUGAUGAAGAAAUAGAAGAGGAAGAAGCAGAAUCUGUGAGAGUAACAGAAAGUGAAUUUAACUUCUUGGAUUAUCUCAAGAGGUUUGCUACUGUUGGUGUCGUGAAGCCCUAUGUUCUCCUGCUGAAGGACUACCGGCAGAACAGUGCUCAUAUUAAUCACUGCAUUGUAAAGAUGCUCUAUCGGAUAGGAUAUGACUUGAAAAUGGAUGCCCUUCUUUAUCAGCUUUCAGUAUUCCACUUAUUCAGCCACAUUCUGGAAGAUCCAGCAGCUAGUGCAUACCAAGAGCUGGUGAAGUUCUGCAGAUACGUCUUGAACCGAUUCUUUACCUUAGCUGCUAGCAACAGCAAGGCCUUCGUGGAGUUGCUUUUCUGGAAAAAUAUUGCAACCAUUCGAGAAAUGACUGAGGGUUACAGGAGAGAUGAGGAAAGUGGGACAAAUAAAAAGACUCCCAUAUGGACAUCAGAAGAAGAGCAGGAACUUGAAACAUUGUAUCUAAGGUUCAAAGAGGAAGAUGGAGAUAAAGAUGUAAUUGACAACAUCAUGGAACACAUUAAAAAUGAGACGAGAACCAGAAAGCAAAUUGCUGCUAAACUUGUCCAGUUGAACCUGGUGGACAGCAUCAAAGAUCUGAAACGUGUCAAGAAGGGGACUAAGAUUGUGCUUUGGAGAGAGGAGCAGGAAAUGGAGCUUGAGACAUUGUUUGUGGAGUUCAGAGGAUCAGAUGAUGUCCUUGGUAAUAUCAUGAAAAACAUAACCCAUAAACGAUCCAGAGCCAGAAUUAUUGAUAAAUUGAUCAGUAUGGGCCUCAUUUCUGAUAGAAAGGAACUCUACAAGAAGAGGAGGAAACUCACAAAGACGGGAAGCCAGGAAGAAGAUGAUUUCCUAAAUGAUGUGGGAUAUGAUCCUAGUCGGGGAUUGUCUGAAGAGGAGGAGGAGGAACUGGACAACAGUGACAGCAGUGAAGAUGAAAGUGGAGAGCAGAACAUCAAACCCAGACCAAGAUAUGCUGCAAAAGGAGAUACACAGAGGAUCGGUGGGUGGGAGCUUCACCCAGCAGUCCCAGCUCUGUGCUCCAAACUUAAACAGCAAGGUCUGACAGGUCCACUUUUGUGGCUGCAAAAUUGCCUCAACAGAACAGCAGACAAACGAGAAGAUGAUGGGAUUGUGAUUGCUGUGCCACUUGUCCCCUUGUCUGAAGAAAAUGAAGACGCUAUGGAGCAUGAGAUGUUCCAGAAGCUUCUGAAAAAAGUUGGAAUCCGACCUCCUGCUGACGAACAGGAGUCUUUUUGGAGGAUUUCUGCUAACCUGAGUGCCCUGCAGUUACGUAAGAUUGCUUCAGUUCUCACCCUGCAGGACAGUGAUGAUGGUGAAAAAGGAGCGGCGGAUGAAGUGGAUGAAAAUGUUAGUGCAGAUCGUAAGUCUGAGGCCUUGCGAGCUCUUGUGAUGGCCAGGGAGAGGCGUGCUGCUCCUCUUAAAGGCAGUGAUGAUGAACCUGAAGUGACAGCCAGUGGUGCCUUUGAGUCUGCCUCUGGAUCAGACAGCGACACUAAAAGUGAUGGUGAGAGGACCAAAGCCAAACAUUUGCUAAAGCGAAGUCGCAUUUUUGACAGUGACAAUGAAAUGGAUGACAAAGGACUUUCAGUUGAAGGCACACCUAAAGUGGAGGCGAUGGAGGACUCUGAGCCAAACUCCGAUGUCUCUGACUCCGAACUCACCCACAGAGUGGUCAAACGACGCCGGCGAGCAAUUGAAGAUGAUGAUGAUGAUGAUGAAUGAUUGAUUGACCUUGAUAAACUUAAGUCAUUUGAAGUGGUUUUGAACACUGGGUCACACAAAAAGUAACUUGUAACCAAGGAGUAAUGUCAUCAACAAAAACUAAUGUUCAUUAUGUAAGUUUUGUAAGCAAUUUCAUUCAAAGGAUGAAGUGUUACAUUUUAUCUAUCUUAAAUCAUCCUUGUUUGUAGUCAAACACUCUUUAGUAAAAUCUAUUAAAAUUAAUAAAAACUCUCUGUAAAGUUGAAUGUAUCCUUUUUUAAGAAAAAUUGUCCUGGUAUCUUGUGAAAGGGAAGAAGAGCACUGUUACUUUCAAGAAUUCUAACUGCAGUCCUUGCCGCAUAUUGGAUGCUGGUGUAACAUGGCUGCAGGCAGUAACAAGGGUGGUAGAGAAACAGUUUACUCAAGAAUUGAAGGCAUUACCUGAGCAAGGCAAUGGUGCAUGUCAAUUUUGAGCCAACAAGUUGAUUUUGGUUGGGGAGAGUGGUUAUUCUGCACAAAAUAAACAUGUUGGCCUAGCAAGAGGAAGUGAGGGAGGUUAUUUUAUCUCAUGGCCAUAAUUGGCAUUUUAGCAGAACAAUUGGUAGAAGUGUAAGGUCGGUGAUAGGGUUUAAUAAGAGAAUGGUUCGAUGAGGUUCAAUCAGUUUAAAAUAGGAAAGGAAAACAAUUGGUCCCACUUGAUUGCUUUAGUCACAUUUUCAUCCCUCUGUUGGUAGUGGCAGAGAGUCUGCUAGUGUCAGUUGUAACCCAUGUCCACCUGCAAUGAAUAGUGUGUGUGCUGUGAAGGAGAGGACUUCUCUUCCUGUUUUACUCCUUCAGUGUAAUUGGCUAGCUACAUCCUCCUUCAAUGAAGAACAACAAUGUCAUGAAUUCUACACUUUUUUGUGUAGCUCUGGAUAUUUUCCUUUCUGUGUUGGUAUUUGUACAUCUUAAACCUGAUGCGUUGAGGGAGCUA